AUGGCAGAGGUUCAGAAAUACACAAUUGCUGAUGUUGCCAGUCGAAAUGGUAAAGGUGGAACUCCCGUCUGGGUGAUAUACAAAGACGGCGUGUACGAUGUCACUUCAUAUAUCCCUCAGCAUCCUGGCGGCGACGCGAUACUAGAGGAGGCUGGCAAGGACAUGACGAAGGCCUUCCACGAAAUGGGCCACUCGUCCGACGCACUCAACAUCAUGCAGAAAUACAAAAUUGGCGAAAUUGUUGAUGAGGAGAAAAAAUAUGACGCCAACGGUAAAAUGAUAAAGCGCGUGGUAGCUGCGAAGGAUGGCGAUGCUCCCAAGAAGGGCUGCAAGAAAGUAAUGACGUGCGGGCUGUUGUGCUGCCUUUAUCUCAUAGAAUUUCUGAAAAAAUGUAAUUUUUCUUAA